AUGAACCCGGCAGAGCACUUUCCCAUCCCCCGCGCGACAAUUGGAAGGCUUUGCGAUGCCGUCCUCGCCUCCCUCGAUGAGGCUGCCAUCUGCAAGCUCGCAUCCUCACACAGCAACGCCCUACCUUGUCGAGUCCUCAGCAUCGACCGCGGAAGCUACAACGCAUCCGUGUGCCUCGACUUCUUUGGCAGAAUACCUAGGAGGCUGUUGCGUCUCCCGCUACGGCCCGCCGUGCGUGAUGGCUGGAGAAAGGUGCAGAGCGAGGCGGCGACGCUUGCGUAUUUGCGAAAACACACAUCCGUCUCGGUGCCAAGGGUAUGGGCGUAUGGACAGCACGCAAGGGUAACUAACGACCCUUCAACUCCUCAGCCGUACCUGCUCUGCGACUAUAUACCUGGCCAGUGCUUGACGCUGGGACGGGUUCGCAACGCCACGUCAAGACAGCGAAAAGAGCUCUUUUCGGAUCUCAUCGGCAUCUAUUCCCAAUUUCUCACACUUCAAUUUCCUGUCUCUGAAUCGCUUUUCCCCGGUACCGACGAAGAUGGCAACCCUCGUAUUGAGGGACUGCUCAGCAUGCCAAUGAAUGAGCUGCUCUUGUCAACAAGUAGCAGCCACCCAGUGCCCGGGAUUCUUCGUUCCGCCGCGAGUUACGUGGAUUAUCAUCUCGACAUUGUCUCUGAAUCAGCUCAUUUGCCGUUGAUCGACGGUACGCUCAGCCGUGUCAAGGAGCAGGCCUUUGCGCUUCACCACUUGCGACUGGAAGCGCAUCGAGGCCUGAACUGCCUGCAAUCACAAGAUGCUGAAUCAUUCAUUCUCACACACCCUGACCUGCACUAUGCCAACAUCGUGGUCAACAAAGAGCUCAGGAUCCAAGGCCUCAUUGACUGGGAGUUUGCGGGGACAGUGCCGCUGUGCCUGUUUCGGCCGCCGGCAUGGGCGACAGGUCAUGACGGCCGCGGUUUCCUCCCGCCACCAAAAGAAAUUUCAUCCGACUUUCAAAUGGCCCUGCAGUUGAGCGAGCAUCAGGAGCUCAAGCGUCACUGGAGGCAAAUCGGGGGGCCGGGCACAUUGGCCAUGGCCGAAAUAUUCUGCCACCCCAACAAACUCGAGCGCCUCUUUUACGACUUCCUGUUUCCGAAAAUGUUUAGCGACUCGCGAGAAGAGGCUGUGGAUCGCUUCUUUGCGGACAGCAAGAAUGCAGCACUGGCAGCCGAAGCGGCCGAGCAACUCAGAGCGUCUGAACGGUACACGGCGUAUCUGAAGGAGAAUGGACUCUACGACGAGAUUGGCGAGGCAGAAGCGAAAUUGGCUGAAAAAAGAGCGAAAAUCUUACAUACCUUGUUUCCGACAUGA